AUGUUAUUUAUGAAAGAUAUGCGACCAAAAGUACAAGAAGAAUGUACAUUAAAAGAAUCAGCUGCAAUUAAUCAAAUUCUAGGCAAAAAAUGGCAUGAAUUAUCACGUGAAAAACAAGCAAAAUAUUAUGAAUUAGCUAGAAAAGAAAAAGAACUUCAUCAUCAGCUGUUUCCUGGCUGGUCAGCAAGAGAUAAUUAUGCUAUACAUUCAAGACGUAAAAAGAAACGAAAAUUGGCAGCUGCAGCAGCUGUUGCACAAACAAAAAUUCAUUCAACCAGUGGUAAAACUCUUGGUAAUACUGGUAUUCACUUAUCUUCGGAAUCCGGUGGGGAUUUCGGCAAUUCCGAUUCAAAUGAAGAGCGUACUAAUAGACUAUCUGUAUUAGUAGGUAAUGCAAACUCUACGGAUAUAAGCAGUGCUAAAAAAUGUCGUGCACGUUUUGGUUUAGAGCAUCAAAAUCGUUGGUGUAAACCAUGCAGACGAAAGAAAAAAUGUAUUCGUUUCUUAACAGAUACUGAAUUUGAAGAAGAGAAUAAUUUUCCAGUAUCUCCUAUAUCACCAUCUACAACAUUGAAUAAUUUAGAAAAACCACCGACAUCAGUAACAACAACAACCACCACCACACCAUCAUCAAUAACGAUAGCAUCAUCUCAACAAUCAAAUCUUCCUAAUUAUUGUAAAUCAAAACAUUUUUAUACAUCAUCAACGGAUCUAAUUAGUGGAUUGUAUCCUAGUAACAAUACUACUAUUACUACUACUACUACUAAUAAUAAUAGUCUCUGGUCAAAUUAUACACCAAAUUUUCAUCGUGUUAUAUCAUCUAUUAGUGAACGACGAUCAGUUGAUCAUUCAUUAUCACAGUAUAAUAAUAAUAAUAAUAAUUCUAAAAUGAAUAAUCAAAAUUUCAUUGAUGAAUCUUUAUUAACUUAUAUGUCAAAAGGUUCCAAUUAUUUAUCCAAUCAUACUAAUUCAAUAAUAUCACCAUUUAAUUCAACUGUUAUCUCUGAUAUCAUUCAUUCAAAUGUUUUAUCUAAUAAUCAAAUUGAAAAAUCUUCAAAUUCUUUGAUUUCAACACAUUGUACAAGUUUAUCACCACCACCACCUCCACCCCCACCGUCAUCAUCAUCAUUUUCUUCUUCGUCGAUUUCAUUAUCGAAAUGGUCCCAAAAACAUUUAUUCAAUCUUGCUACAUUACAAAAUAUUUCUUCAGGUAAAUCUAAUUUAUAUUUAAAUGAUAAUACAAUAGCUUCAUGUCCUUCUUCUCCUAUUCCAUUAUAUUCAACACAAUUUAUAUCAAAUUUACCAUUAUCAUCAUCAUCAUCAUCAUUAUCAGCAGUAGCAUCUCAAGAAGAGAAUUUCAAUAUAAAUUGUUGUAUAUCAUCAUCAUCAUCAUCAGAUUUAUCACAUAAUAAUUGUGAUAAGAUAAUCAACAGUACUACUAAUACUACUACUAAUACUAGGAGAAAUCAUAAUCAUCAUGUUAAACGAUUUAUGCCUAUUCACCAUUAUAAUGAUCAUAUAAAUACAUCCGUUUGUUGUACAACUAAUACUACUAAUACACCAAUAAUGAGUAGUAGUAGUAGUAUUAGUCAUAAUGUUAAUAUUUAUAAAUCCCAGUGA